AUGCACACCCAGUCAUACCUGAGCCUUGCUCUGGCCCUUGCGGCCCCAGCCGUCGUCAACGCCGUCUCUGGUAGCGGCCACUCGACGAGGUACUGGGACUGCUGCAAGCCCUCCUGCGCUUGGGGUGGCAAGGCUUCCGUCUCGGCCCCUGUCCUAACCUGCGACAAGAACGACAACCCGCUGACCGACCCCAACGCUAAGAGUGGUUGCGACGGUGGUGGUGCUUUCUCUUGCACGAACAACUCGCCCUUUGCCAUCAAUGAUGACGUCGCCUUCGGUUUCGCCGCCACGGCCAUCAACGGUGGUUCCGAGGCCAGCUGGUGCUGUGCCUGCUACGCCCUUACAUUCACGACCGGCCCCGUCGCCGGUAAGAAGAUGGUCGUCCAGUCUACCAACACUGGUGGCGACCUGGGCAACAACCACUUCGAUAUCAUGAUGCCCGGCGGUGGUCUCGGUAUCUUUGACGGCUGCUCCCCACAGUUUGGCGGUAUCCCUGGCGCGCGCUACGGCGGCGUCGGCUCGCGUUCCGAGUGCGAUGGCAUGCCGGGCCUCCUCAAGGACGGCUGCCAGUGGCGCUUCGACUGGUUCAAGAACGCCGACAACCCCGACUUCACAUUCGAGCAGGUGCAGUGCCCGAGUGAGCUGGUCGCCAUCUCGGGAUGCCGCCGUGCCGAUGACAAGAACUUCCCCGCGUUCAACAUGAUCGGAAACUCGGCGCCCAAGCCCGCGACGACCAGCAAGCCCGCGACGACCAGCAAGCCCGCGACGACCAGCAAGGCCGUGACGACUAGUAAGCCUGCCACUACUAGCAAGCCUGUCACGACCAGCAAGCCUGUCACGACCAGCAAGCCUGUCACGACCAGCAAGGCCGUGACGACCAGCAAGGCCGUGACGACCAGCAAGGCCGCGACGACCAGCAAGGCUGCGACGACCAGCAAGCCCGCAGGCGGCUCUCCAUCUGAGCCCCUUGUGGCUGCUUACGGCCAGUGCAACUCGGAGAAGAGCUGGGCCGCGGCCAAGCCGUGCGCAAAGGGACUCCGUUGCGUCAAGCAGAACGACUGGUACUCUCAGUGCCUGCCUUAG